AGGGGGGAGCUAAGCGCGGCCAUCAGACGUAAACAAACAGCUGAGUGUGUGAGUGGCGAGUGUUACCCAAGGCUGCUGUCCUGACGCCCCUACACUUCCCACUGUCACCGCCGCCAUGGAUAACUCUUCCUGGACAGCUCCCCCGGGAGCUGCUCAGCCCAUGGGGAUCCAGAGCACAGCGGGGGCCGUGCCUGUGAUGAAUGACAAGGGUGAGGUGUCCAUGAAGAAAGUGAAGGUGCAGCGUUAUGUGAGCGGCAAGCGGCCUGACUAUGCACCAGCAUCAUCAGAUGAAGAGGAAGAGGAGGAGGAGGAUUUCACCCGGCCACAGAGAGGUGGACCUCCUUCCCCACCACACCACAAGUCCCUCACAGAGGCAGAGAUGGCCGACCCUCGACUGCGGCGUUUGCUGGCGCAGCGUGCCCAGGCUGAAAGCGAUGAAGAGAUGGAGACAGACGUCCCAAGACGGAGGGUGACGCACCAGGCAGAGGUGGUGGACCUGAGUGAGGGUGAGGUCGAAGACGACGCCAAAGAAGAGGACCAGAUGGAGGAGGAGGACGAUGAGGAAGAGGAGAAACAGACAGAUUUCAGUGCCUUGCCUGAGAUGAGAGCAAGUCACCGCCUGGCUGAAUCAGACAGUGAGUCUGAGGACGAGGUGGAUGAAGAUGAACUUGCACUGCGGCGACUUAACAUGCGGCAGCGAGCGCUGAUGAAGGUCCAGCAGCAGGAGGAGCUGCUGGGGAAGGAGGAGGAGGGCAGUGAGGAGUCAUCUGAGGAGGAGAGCUCAGAAUAUUCAGAAGAGACAGACUCAGAAGAGGAAGGGCCCCGGUUGAAGCCCGUGUUUGUGAGAAAAAAGGACCGCGUCACCAUCCACCAGAAGGAGCAGCAGCAACUCAAGGUCAAGCAGCAAGAGGUGGAGGGGCGGAAACGUGUGGAGGAACGGAGACGAGAUACACUGCGGAUGAUUGAGCAAGAGAACCGUAGUGCGACAGGAGCGGGGCGAGGCACCGGCGCAGACACGAACGAUCCCCUCAACACAGUAAACACAGACGACGAGGCGGAUGAUGCAGAGUAUGAGGCCUGGAAACUGAGGGAGCUGCGUCGCCUCAAGAGGGACAAGGAGGAGCGUGAGGCAGCGGAAAAGGAGCGGGAGGAGGUGGACAAGCUGCGCACCAUGGGGGAGGAGGAGCGGCGCGUGGAGCUGCGCAACAACCCCAAGGUCAUCACCAACAAGGCUACCAAGGGCAAGUACAAGUUCCUGCAGAAAUACUACCACCGAGGCUCCUUCUUCCUGGAUGGAGAGGAGGAUGUCUUGAAGCGAGAUUUCUCGGGAGCCACGUUGGAGGACCACUUCGACAAGACCAUUCUACCAAAGGUGAUGCAAGUGAAAAACUUUGGGCGGUCUGGACGCACCAAAUACACACAUCUCGUGGACCAGGACACCACAUCCUUUGAUUCACCUUGGGCUGCAGACUCUCAGAUGAACCACAAAUUCUUCAAUGCUAAUGCUGGUGGAAUGAAGCAGAGCUUUGACCGCCCAUCCCUCAAGAAACGGGUGCCUGUCCCUCCUCCCAAUGCUCCUGCUCCAAGGAAGUAAAAUGGCAGAGCAAGAUUACCUAGGUGUCCAUUUUAUAGAAGAGAUGAGGAGUCACUUGUGUGUAGCUCCCCAUGCAUUGUGCUGAACAUAGGUUGUUUAUCGGCAGCCCCUAAGUUUGAUGUAUUUCUAUAUUAGUAAUGUAGUAAAUUCUGAAUAUCCUCCUCUCCAGCACAGUAGUGUACCUAAGGUGAUCGUGUGUUGACUUUUGGACACAGACCCUCAGUGAUGGGGUGUGAGCAUGCUGGGCUGGUGGUAUUUGGUAUACAGUACAAUUGGUCAUCUCACACCUGUUCGUACAAAAAAUAAAAAAUACCAUGAGAUGCAAAACUGCAAGAUAUAACAUUAAAAUAUGUGGUUAGUUUUAUAGGUAAUAACAUCCAUUGUGAAUUACCUGCAACCAACAGUUCUCACAUUGAAGAACAAUCUUGCACAUAGCCCUGAAACCAGCGUUAGGUAUUCUUGUACUAGUGCUGUCCUCUAAAGAGUUGAGGUAGUGCUGCAUUUUCCUGAUCACAGUCCAUAGUUAGGAAGGCUUGUUGUGACUGUCAGGGGAAAACAAACAUGGUGGGUUGCUCAUAGAAAAGCAGUAAAAGUAUCUGUCUUUAUUACUGCUAAUUUUGGCAUAUUCUUUUCUGUUGCAAGCGUCUGGAGCUCUCAAGACAUGAUAUAAGAGUAGUGACAUAUCUUGCAUCAGUUUUCAUUGUCGGUAGUGUAUGUGGACUGCCUGCUGUAACCCACUAUGUUCUGCCAUAGUACAGAAAGCAUCAUACAAAACAUUGUUAACAAACUUGUUCUUGUCCUGUGACAAUAACUGUGUACCAUUUGAAAUGGACUGCAUUUGGAGUCACAUGCUCAAAAAAAUUUUGUUUCCGAGAUGUAAGGCUAAACUAUCACUGGAGGCAACUCUCCUUGAUUUAUUGGCUGAUGAACUGUAGUAACUACAUUUAUUUUUUUAGAGUGCAUCUACCUAUGGUAGUUUUUCAAAGAUUAGAUCUAUGGAGGCAGCAAACUGUCCCUCAUCCUCUGCUUGGUCUGUUCAUGCACACCUAACAACUUAUCUUUGCUGCCAGUGCUAAACAUGAUUCAUGUCCAGGUAUAAUAUUUAAGCACAUUUGGAUGCUGAUUAAGGAGUUGUCAUGAACCCCUCAUUUUUCAAUGGUUUUUGUUCACAAUAUGAGAGACCAAUGCUGGGAGAACCAAACUAUUUCAACUUUUCUGCAUCUAAUUUUAGAGUUAACGAAUAUUGUAUGUAAAAUGUGGUAACAAAAAAGUGAAAGGAUUCUUGUGUGAGUGCAAUUUAUAAUAUUCAUUUUAUUUAUUUUUUUAGGGGGCAGUAUGUAAGAGAAUAAACCAUUCAUGAUCAGAGGUAUUUGUAUUCGCAGUCAUGUUUGGUUGACUAUGUAUAUGUUGUUUAUAUGACCAGGAAUCAGUUUGUAUCAAGUGUGUAUGAUGAUAUUGAGUAUAUUGAUCAUGCAUCAUUCAUGAUCAUCAUUUUCUUCUUUUAAAGUUUCACACUCACUUGGCUGUGUUGGUCUCAUCACCCAGCACCAGCAGCCUCCCUCCCUGCACAGCCCUACAUCACUUAGGUCGUGGAUCACUUCUUUCCAGAUUUUCUUUGGUCUACCUCUAAGAAUUUUAAGAACUACAUCAGAUUUCAACACUUUUUUCCCCAAAUUGUUUUUGACCAUUUUAGUAUAUUCGUAUAGUAUGUAGUUUUCAUAUUAUAGUAUUCUCCAAAUCUCAAUUUACUAAGUCAGUAAAAUGGAAAUUCAUUCUUUGAUCCAAACAAAAUAUCAUGCAAGGCAACACUACUCACAUAGUGAAACUGUGACCACUACAUCAGAGUUGGAGCUUUUCUAAUGCACCACCCAGCCCUUAAACAGACCAGAGGUUUUGUACUGCAGAUUCAAACAUUGAUGACUUGCAGUUGUAAAUAUUUUUUUAGUUCACUAAAGCCUUAAAUUUAGGCAUUCGAGUAACUGAAUUUUUGUCUUUACUUAUUCCACCAGUCCCUAUGCCUUCCAGUACCUCUUGCAUGUCUUUCAUCACUCCGGCUGACUCCCACUUCUCCCACACCUUAGUCCCUCCCUCCCAAGUAUAUCUCAUUUUCUUAAGUACAAGUGUAGCAGUUUCUGCAGUCCAUUACAGUUGAUGUGUAGACAGGAAUGCUGAAUGAAUGUAUAGUGGAGUAGAUGGGAAUGCUGAAUGAAUGUACAGUAAAUCAAUAAAUAAAUAUGAAAGGA